CUUGCCAUCUUCAAUCUUGGGCAAGUCACUUGUCCUUUCUGAUGCUUGGUUUCCUCAUCUGCAACAUGGGGAUAAAAACUCUUACCUGGCAGGAGUAUCAAGGAGAUUAUUGGUAAUAAUGCUCCCUCCUAACUGGUGGCUUUCUUCUGCCCUGCUCCUCUUCCCCCUGCCUAUCCUUGGGACGCCGCCAGCAUGAUUAGUACUGUGGUGAGAUGGGUUUUGGGGGCCCAGAGCUCGUCUGCACCUUUGGAGGAAAGGAGAGGAGCACCUCUCUCCCUCCUCCAGGCCCCAGUAAGCCCAGAGUGCUGUCCUGGAGCCUCUGGACCUGAAGGAGGGCGGGCUGAGCCCCACCUGUCCCUCGUGAUGAGGUCUCAAUUUCCUCACCUGUAAAUUGCAAAUAACAGUAGUACCUGCCUCCAACUGUUUGUGGGGAUCAAAUGAAAUUGCGUUUGCCUGGCAUAGAGGAAGACUUUGGUAAAUGGUAACUACUUUUUUUGUAACUGUUUUACAACGUGUUUUUGCUUCCAUUCUCUCAUUGACUCCUGUGAGGUGACAGAGCAGGCCCAUUUUAGAGACAAAGGAACUGAGAUUCUGAGCAUUGGAGUCAUUGGCCCCAGACACAGAACGUCUAAGAGGCAGAGCUCCACAUUCCUAGCGCAGAGGUCUUGGUGGAUUCUGCCAUGGGAGGAGCUGGGAGCAGUCCUCACCCACCCCAGGUUGGGCUGGCAGCCUCUGACAGCAGUGGCCACAGAGCUGCCUGAGAACUGGACGGACACUCGGGAGACGCUGCUGGAGGGGAUGCUGUUCAGCCUCAAAUACCUGGGCAUGACGCUGGUGGAGCAGCCCAAGGGCGAGGAGCUGUCAGCCGCCGCCAUCAAGAGGAUUGUGGCUACGGCUAAGGCCAGUGGGAAGAAGCUGCAGAAGGUGACUCUGAAGGUGUCUCCACGGGGAAUUAUCCUGACAGACAGCCUCACCAACCAGCUCAUUGAGAACGUGUCCAUAUACAGGAUCUCCUAUUGCACGGCAGACAAGAUGCAUGACAAGGUGUUUGCAUACAUCGCACAGAGCCAGCACAACCAGAGCCUCGAGUGCCACGCCUUCCUCUGCACCAAGCGGAAGAUGGCACAGGCUGUUACCCUCACCGUAGCCCAGGCCUUCAAAGUCGCCUUUGAGUUUUGGCAGGUGUCCAAGGAAGAGAAAGAGAAGAGGGACAAAGCCAGCCAAGAGGGAGGGGAUGUCCUGGGGGUCCGCCGAGACUGCACCCCCGCCUUGAAGAGCUUGGUCGCCACUGGGAACCUGCUGGACUUAGAGGAGACGGCUAAGGCCCCGCUGUCCACGGUCAGCGCCAACACCACCAACGUGGACGAGGUGCCACGGCCACAAGCCUUGAGUGGCAGCAGUGUUGUCUGGGAGCUGGAUGAUGGCCUGGAUGAAGCGUUUUCAAGGCUUGCCCAGUCUCGGACGAACCCUCAGGUCCUGGACACUGGCCUGACAGCCCAGGACAUCCAUUAUGCCCAGUGCCUCUCGCCUGUCGACUGGGACAAGCCUGACAGCAGCGGCCCAGAGCAGGAUGACCUCUUCAGCUUCUGAGGGCCCGGGGCCAGCCGGACACAAGCGACCCUGACAUCUGACGACCAAAGCCACCUGCUGCAGGGGAGCCGGCUCCGGAACCCACCCGCCACCUCUCCCAGCCCUCAGCACUGUCAGUCUGGAGAUCAGAGCUGCAGCCAGUCAGGCAGGGGAGAGAUUUUUUUUUAAGCCCUGCUCUUUCUCUGAGAACCAAAAGAUGCCUUGAAUAUUUAUUCAGUGACUUCUGGCUUAUGCUCGGAAGCCAGUCUGCGUCAGGCACGUCUCCUGCUGCAUGAUGUGUGCAGUGCUGCAGUCGGCUCCCGCUUGCUCUCCUGUAGCAAGCUCUGCCCUGGCUGUGGGUAUCAGGACUGUGACCAAAGCAUUUCUAGUCCCUUCUCUCUCUCUAAGGACCCAAAUUUCCCUGGGGGCAUCCUGCUUUCUGAAAGCCGUUGGAUUUCAGUGAUUUUUUUCCCCUCACCCCCCAGCAUAGUAGAGCACCCACAGCCUCAGAAGGGGAAGGUGUCCUCCUGCUCUCUUUCCUCAGGGCCCAGCAGGCGGGACUUGAGUCCUGGACCCCAGGCUCUUAGAGACUAAGGGGCAGCUCCUGACCAAAGACGAUACAGCUUGGCACUUUAAAGCAUUCACAGCAGGUGUGGCCCUGAGGGCUCCUCCAUGGUGCUGCAUUGAAUCCAGCUUUCCUUCUGCCCUUCCUCCAGGAGAAGGGGCCCAAGGUCCCCGUGGAUGGUCUCCACCUGUGCUUGGAACCAGUGUAACUGGCUGCUCCCCGCUCCCAGGGACUGACUGCGGGGAUCAUCUCUGACCGCCCUCCGUCGGGCCCCUCCCUGCCUUCUCCCCUGCACGCAAGGCUGUGCUCCUCCUCUGCUCUCUGUGUGUCCCUUUGAGUGUCUCUGCCCCGCCUCCCCAUACUUCCUGGGAUGAUGUGUGAAACCUGACACCUAGAUUUAUUUGGAAAUAUUCUAUGACCACUUUACAGACGAGGAAACUGAGGCCUCAAGCAUGGCGGGGUAGAGUGAAGAGUAGAACCCAGGUCUGAUGCCAAAGCUGCUUUCUUCUCUGCCUCCUCCUCACACAACUCACACCUCCUUUGCUUCUAGCUUUGUUGUCCUCCCAGGAACCAAAAAACCCCAGCUAUUUUCUGACCAAAAUGUGUUUCAUAACAAACCAUCUGGUGCCUUUCCACACAGAACUGGCAGGAGCCCCGUGUCCUGCUAGCUGUCUCUCUUGUUGAUUUCCGUGAAAAUGCAGUGUUUGAAGUCUGCUCAUCCCGAGGGUGAAACAAAAUCCAACCCUGUCAGAAUCGGGCUGUUCUCUUUGCUGACACUGUGACCCUGGGUCGGGACAUACCAGCAGCAGUCUGUCUUUAGAAUCUCUUUCCUUCCUCCCCUUUUGCCCCCGUGGGGCUCCAGGCAUCCUGAAAGCCAGCAAAGCCUCCAGCAUCUUUGCCAUCCUGAGGUGCCUCCCAGUGGCCUGGCUUGUCUGAGCAAGUUUCAUCAGCCCCAGGGAAAACCCAGCCCUCCUUAGAACCUCCUUACCUGGAGUAACCGGACACCUUAGAUGGAGGUGCCUGAGGGUGGGGUGGGAUUUGUAGGGUCAUUAUCAGAACAAGAGGAUAACUUUCUUGCCCCAGCUCUGUAGCCACCUCCUUGGCAUCAGCCUCUGUAUUUGUCAUAAGGUGGCGUGGGCGAGGCCUGACACAGGCCAGCCUUGGCACAGGGGGGGCCCGGGGUUCUGAGAAGCGCUGCCCUAUGAGAGCCACACUGGCCUUCGUCUCCAUCUCGUUGACGGGCUGUCCGUGUGCCUCCUGUGUGUCUGCAGACAAGUCUUGCUGUGCUUUAUUUGUGAAAGUUUAAUGAGGAAAAAACAAAUAAUAAAUGUUCUCGUUUUGAAACGCAA